CCUUGCUGUGGCAUACCUUAAAGAAGCUUCGCAUCGAUCCCAGCGAGAGACACGAGGACUUUGGGGACGUGAAGAAGGUGAUCGCGGAGGAGUUCGUCAAACAGAAGUACCUGGAAUACCAGAGGGUCCCACACACUGAUCCCGCAGAGUACGAGUUCCGCUGGGGUCCCCGAGCCAUGAAGGAGACCUCCAAGUCGAAAGUGCUGGAGUUUGUCGCCAAGAUGCACAGUGACAAGGAUCCCAAGACAUGGCUGACGCAAUACAAGGAGGCCCAGCAGGAGGCAGCAGCGGCCACUCCCACAAAUUGACCGGGCGCUGGAGGAGGCGGGUAGGGGAGAGGGCAGGAGGGGGUGAUGCUGCUACCUUCCAUCCCCCCCGCUCCCUCUAACCCCCAUCUCUCAGUAACAACCCCGCUCCCUCUAACCCCCAUCUCUCAGUAACAACCCAUCUCCCUCCCCCCCACCCUCAGUAACAACCCAUCUCCCUCCCCCCCCUGCAUCCUCUAACCCCCAUCUCUCAGUAACGACCCAUCUCCCUCCCCCCCCCCGCACCCUCUAACCCCCAUCUCUCAGUAACGACCCAUCUCCCUCCCCCCCCGCACCCUCUAACCCCCAUCUCUCAGUAACGACCCAUCUCCCUCCCCCCCCCCCCGCACCCUCUAACCCCCAUCUCUCAGUAACGACCCAUCUCCCUCCCCCCGCUCCCUCUAACCCCCAUCUCUCAGUAACGACCCAUCUCCCUCCCCCCGCUCCCUCUAACCCCCAUCUCUCAGUAACAACCCAUCUCCCUCCCCCCCGCUCCGUCUAACCCCCGUCUGUCUCCGACGCCAACACACUCGACUUCCCGUGCCCCCCCAGCCCCUCCCCACAGAUUAACGUUUGAGAGGAUUAGUUCCUCCCCACGGCGUUGAGCAUGCAGGGAAGCCGCAUGGUUAGCCGAGAUCAUUAACAUACAGUGAGCCACAUUGGACACCGUGCAAUGAGGCACCGUCAAAUCCAGAGUCAAGGCCGAGAGUCGGGCAACUGUUCUCUCGGCCGGUAACGCAGCCUCUCCGUGUCCACGCUCGCGAGUCCCGCCUUCCCUCUCCCCUCGUGAGGCUGUCCUGCUCAGCCAGCCUUCCUGGGAAAUAACCCUCGCGGUUCCUGUCUGAGCCUCACUGGCCAGCAGUAUUCCGGCUGCAGAAACCUGGACGCAGCGGGGGGUUGCAGCAACAACACCCUCCACCCGCCCUUUCCUCGUACUCUGCAUUACUGUAGCGACGAACGCUCCCUCCCUCACCUGCUGCGCCAGCUCCUGCGGGUGUCCGUGCUUUCCGAGACUGGCGUGGGCAAUACGCGAUGAUACCUCGAGACCUUUAAUGUCGGAGAGAGAUGUUUCACGCUCUUGAAUUUCAAUUAGCAUUCCCUCGCCACUCCCUCAACGCACCAGUCGGCAUUGGUGCCAGGGGUCAUUAUCACCACCUUACGAUGCCAACGAGGGUGGUGACGGUUUUACGUUGAAGAAGUUGUCUCGCUGUUUUGUUGUUACUCUGAAUGCCCGGAAGAUUAAAUUGCUGUGUUUGCCAUGCGUU